GGGACGAGUGUUGAUGAUGGAGGAAGCAACACUUGUGUCAACAAAAGAGGUGAGCCAGUGGACACGCAGAGACCCAGUCCUGUCACGAGUGUAUCAAUUCACACAGCAAGGUUGGCCAGAACAAAACACAGAUGCAGUGUUCCAACCAUAUGUAGUGAGGCAAACGGAGUUGAGUGUGCAAGAUGGUUGCAUCUUGUGGGGGUCACGGGUGGUAGUGCCGCCGCCAGGCAGGAAGGCAUUACUAAGCCAGUUGCAUCAUGGACACCCGGGAAUCACCCGAAUGAAAGCACUAGCCCGUAGCUACUUUUGGUGGCCCAAAAUGGAUGCUGACAUUGAAGCAGCAGCAAAAAGGUGUGAUACAUGCCAGGAGCAUCGAAAUGUGCCCACCGCAGCGCCACUUCACCCGUGGGAGUGGCCUAGCAGACCAUGGCAGUGGCUGCACAUAGACUACGCAGGGCCAUUCAUGGGACACAUGUUCUUGAUUGUGAUGGAUGCAUAUUCAAAAUGGAUGGAUGCCUACCCAGUGCACUCGGCAACAGCAAAUAGCACAAUUGAAUGUCUCCGGAAAAGUUUCAGUAAUCAAGGAUUACCAGAAGUGAUUGUAUCGGAUAAUGGUGCAUGUUUUGUUAGUACAGAGUUCCAGCAGUUCCUCAGCAACAAUGGCAUUGAACAUGUCACUUCAGCACCAUAUCACCCGUCUUCAAAUGGCUGUGCAGAGCGGGCAGUUCAGACAUUCAAAUCAAUGAUGAAGAAAGCCAGGGAGGGCACCAUCCACACCAGGGUGGCACGGGUGUUGUUUAGCUACCGCAUCACAUCGCAGUCGACAACAGGGAGAUCACCAGCAGAAUUACUGCAAGGCAGGCGGUUGAGGUCAACGCUAGAUUUAGUGCAUCCAGAUCUCAGAACAAAAGUGGAACGGAAACAAGGCUACCCUGUGAUUGACUGGUGA